AUGAAAGCAACUGGUGCGUUGAAAAAAGUUAUUCCUUUAUUUGAUCGUGUGCUCGUCGAAAGAUUUGCAGCUGAAACAAAAACAAAAGGUGGUAUUCAUCUUCCAGAGAAAGCACUAGGGAAAGUUUUAAAUGCAACUGUUGUAGCUGUUGGAAAAGGAAUUCGUCAGAAAGAUGGUACACACGUGAGUGUUAGUGUUCAACCUGGUGAUAAAGUACUAUUACCGGAAUAUGGUGGUACGAAAGUCGAAUUAAAUGAUAAAGAAUAUUUCCUCUUCAAAGAAGCUGAUAUAUUAGCCAAAUGGGAGAAUUAG